AUGGGUGUUCGCCGAUGCAAGAAAAAGCCCCGCGGCACCUGGAAGGGGCGCCGUGGUGCACGGUCGUUAGAUCGGCGUCAGGCUCUUAACCAUAGACGCGACAGCGACAGCGACAGUGUGGGGUUGCCAUUGUCUAUCCGGCAGGGUUCACCAGAGGGUAGCAGCUACCAAGUUCGCGACAAACCUCGCGACAAACCUGAUGACGACAAACGUGCGCACAGCACAAGCAGCUUGUUGACCCCAUUGACCGAUCACAAUAUUGUCAGCCACAAGGACGAGGAUUUGAGCAGUAAUCAGGAAUAUCAGUACGACGAGUAUCAGCUGCGUGCCAAGCGCAAUCUCGCUCGCGCCGCCAACGACAGCCUUAGACAACAAUUUCAUCCAGCUGCUGUUGCAGGUGAACUCGCCCAAGGCAACCGACCGCCCACUCCGAUUCCACAAAGCCCUCACUGGGAUAUCUACACCAGAGCAUCAUCGCAUCACCAGCCAAGGGACAAGCCCAAUAAUCCCAAGACUAAUUACGGUUCGGGAAAUCGUGGCCGCAAGCGCAAAGCUCACGACAGCUCCCAGUCCAAGUCUUGGACAGACGCCCGGGUUGAUUUCUUGGGCAAUUUUCGCCGUAAAUCUUCCACCAAGAGACACAGACCUUCACAGACUUUCGUUCCUCAACCAGAGCAGGCUGAUCGCAAUCCUCCCAACUGUGGCAACAGCGACGACGACGAAGACGACGAGCCUCUAAUCCCCCUCAGUGUCGCCCUCGCAUCACUGCGUCCUACACAGCCUGCCUUUUGGAGUUUUAGAAAUAUUCGAAAUUGGGCAAAGGCCCCCGAGAUUGUUGAACAGGACAGAAGGCGCAAGAUUAUAGAGGACUACGACUUGAACAUGGCCGACCCUUUUGAGGUUCGCAUGCGCUUCAGCGGCCAGUUGCAACACCUCAAUGCUAGUGUGGUCUCAGCCCAAAAGGCCGCCCAGUAUGCCAUGAAGCAUCGGGAUAUGAGCGAGGACUUGCACAGCUGUAUCUUGGAGCAGCUGGAAAAGAACUCCAUGAAUACCCGAGCCAACAUCAUGUAUUUCAUUGAACCUUUCCUCGAGCUGGCCGAGAAGGAGCGAAAUGGCAACGACUAUAUUAGGAGGAUGCAGCGCGACAUUAUUCGCGUCGUCGAUGCAGUCUGUCCCGAAGAUGGGUCUGGCGCUGCCAACGUUAAGGUCGUCCGCAAAGUUCUGCGUGGCCUCAUGGGCAAGGGCUUUCUUCUAGAGCAAACGGUAGAGGAGAUUGAAGAGUGUCUCAAAGAUCGUGCUGCCGCUAGCCACGCAGACCUGGGGUUCUCAAGUCCCGUAAAUGGCACGGCUGAUAGUGCGGCAAAAGGCACUGACUACAAGGCCACAACAGCUAUUGCUGAUGCGAAUGCCCCCAAAGCCAAGCCAGCUAAGCUCGAGAAACGCCAGAUUGAACAGCGUAUUGAGGAGGAUCGUGAGCGCCACAAGAAGAUGCGUGAGAAUAUGUGGGUUACUCCCAAGGACCAAGAGGAGAAGCUCCGCAAGCUCUGGGACGAAGUAAGCGAUUGCGGUGAGGAUGAUGACCGUCUAGGUCAGGAGGAUGAAGACGAGUGUGUCGAGCUCACAGGCACUGGUGUCGAUCAAGCUGCCCGAAGAAGUGAGUAUCUUGCCAGAGAGCAAGCAAAGAAGAAGCCUCAUGACCGGACCCAGAAUGGCUUCACGACAGAUCUGGAGGGCGAUGUUCGCAUGAACGGAAAUCAUUUGCGAUAG